CUACCAACACCAACGAUACCAUGCCGCCACUGAACCGACGAGGAUCCCUGGAUGCCUUGCUGACCAAGGACAAGAUGCACGAGCGCAAGACUGCCAUGUUGCGACGAAGUGCUCCUUCUUACGCUCCCAGUGUCUACACCGAUCAGAGCUCUGUUACAUUCAAAACCAGCGACGACAGCACCGUCAUGAGCGCUGCUUCCAUGAGCACUUGUUCCAUUCCGAGUCAGAUUUGCCUCGACAAGGACGAACCACCAAAGCCCAAGCGAGGUAGCUCCCGAUGGGACAGCAUCCCCACAAAGGCGGACCGAGGUCUCGGAAGUGCCGACGAUCUGCGACACGACAGCUCGCACGGUAGUAGCUGCUCCAAAGGCAAGCUGGAUAAGAAACUGGAACGACUCAACCGCAACAAAAAGACCGGCCCCAUGAAGCCGCCACCCCGACGAUCCAACUCGUCCGGUUCGGAACGAACACCCACCCGCCCAUUGACGGACUUUCUGCAAUCCUCUAGAUCCAGUAGCCGAAGAAGGACGUAGAUUGGUGGUUCGUUUUGGUGCUACCGGUAUGGAGAUGUAUGAAAACAUUCUCUCUUGCCGGCCUGCCCCACCUGUUGCGAAUAUACACAGCUUUUAUGAUAUGUCUUUGGUUGGCGUGAAGCUCACAGGAGCUCGGCCAAGCUCGGACGAUGAGCCCAUAAUUA